UCUAUAAUAGUCGCAAAACUUUUCUAUUGGACGAUGCAAACCUGAAUUUUGUUUUAAAGGGUCAUCGAAAUUCUACUGGUCUUCACCGUGUAAUGAUCGGAGCUCAAAAACCCACAUUCACACCAGAUUAAAAUUCACUUUUUUGUUGAUGAAACAGUAUUAAUGGAAGACAAGAAAGCAAACAUAAUAUCCAUUUCUUUGGUCAUCCUACUCAUCCUUGUUAUUGCCAUUGCUCGUGUUUCUCUCAAGCUUUCCAACUCAUUUUAUCUCAUAGCUGGUGCAGAUAUUGCAGCCAUUCUUGCAAUCAUAGCUUUCAUUUUCAUCCGAAAACGCCUGAAUCAUCGAAGAGAGCUUGUCGAAAAUCGACUAGUCUCUGAAGGCAGAGAACUCCGGAUUGAAUAUAGCUUCUUGAGGAAAGUUGCCGGCGUGCCAACAAAAUUCAGGUACAAUGAGCUCGAGGAGGCCACGGAUGGGUUUCAAUCACUGGUAGGCCGAGGCGCCUCGGCCUCGGUUUUUAAAGGCAUUUUAAGCGAUGGCACUGCGGUUGCAGUUAAGAGAAUGGAAGGAAAUGAACGCGGUGAAAAGGAUUUUAGAUCAGAAGUUGCGGCGAUUGCUAGUGUGCAACAUGUUAAUCUUGUGCAUUUGCUUGGCUAUUGUACUGUGCAAACGGGUCCAAGGUUUCUUGUUUAUGAAUUUAUUCCGAAAGGGUCGUUAGAUAAAUGGAUAUUUCCUCAGCAAGGUAGCGGAAGCUGCAGGAGUUAUGAUCAAUUAGGUGGAUGUCUUUCUUGGGAUUUGAGAUAUGGAGUGGCUCUUGAUGUGGCCAAGGCUCUGUCUUAUCUGCAUCAUGAUUGUAGGUCUCGGAUUCUGCAUCUUGAUGUGAAGCCGGAGAAUAUACUUCUGGAUGAUUGUUUUCGCGCUUUUGUGUCAGAUUUUGGAUUGUCAAAGCUGAUGGGAAAAAAUGAGAGCAGGAUUAUAACUACUAUCAGAGGGACUAAAGGGUAUUUGGCUCCAGAAUGGCUAUUGGAGUUUGGAGUUUCCGAGAAGUCUGAUAUUUAUAGCUAUGGAAUGGUACUUCUGGAGAUUAUUGGAGGGCGGAGAAAUAUAUGUAGGAUUGAGGAGCCUGAUCAUGAUAACUCCAAGAGAACGUUUCAGUAUUUUCCAAAAAUUGUUACUCAGAAGCUGAAAGAGGGUAAGAUUCUAGAAGUGGUUGAUAAGAGACUGAUUGAAAAGGGGGAAAUUAUUGAUGAGAGACAGGUGAGAAGACUGGUUUGCAUAGCAUUAUGGUGUAUACAAGAGAAGGCCAGGCUAAGGCCAAGUAUGACAGAAGUUCUUGAAUUGCUUGAAGGUCGUAAAGAUAUAGAAGAUCCACCGGAGACCCAAAUGCUGGUUGUGGAUUUGUUGUCAAUAGAUGAAGAGCCGAUUCGCGGUCAUCAAAGAGCAAGGAUUGCUGAACUAGCUUCACCUCAAGUGAGCAGUAAACGGUUUUCUUCCAGCAGAUACUCAUUUUCCAGCUGCGUGUCGAUGAUUUCAGGCAGGUGAUGCUGCAAUGUUUAGCAUCAUCUUGUUCUUGUAAAUGAUCUUUACGGAACUAAAGGUUACAUAACUUUCUCAAAUCUCAAGUUUUUGGUAUUGUAUAUUUAAUUUCAAAGCCACAUUCCCGUUUUGAUGUAUAUUAACUAAUACUGCAGUAGUGAUUAUGUUGUACAAGUUAUCUAUGUAUUUCAGUUUUCAAUUGUUUA